GGGAUGAUUUGGCCGCAAAGAUGUUCAAUGAAUGGCAGUUGCGUAACGAAUAGGCUUUCGUGUCCAUUUAGUAUUCAUGUAUUUGUAUUUAGUUAGUAUUGGGUGUGUCUUUCUAUACGCUUGAAUGUAUGCAUGCAAUAUAAAAAACGAAUUUGACAAUUUUGCCUUCUUGUGUAUUUUAAUAAUUAUUCCUUCAUGUUUAUUGAAGGUACUUAAACAAAUGCAUGGUUGUAUGAUUGUCAGUAUGACAAGUUCAUCACGUGUUCCUAAGAAUGUAUGGACGAAGGAGGAGGAGGCAACCCUUGUCGAGUCUAUGGUGGAGUUGGUGUUUGCUGGUGGAUGGAAGUCAGACAAUGACACAUUCAGACCUGGGUAUCUGGCACAACUUCUGCGAAUGAUGGCCGCGAAGUUGUCGGGAUGCAAUGUACAUGCGACCACAGUGAUAGACUGUCGCAUAAAGACGUUGAAGCGCUCAUACCAGGCAAUCGCAGAAAUGUGCGGCCCGUCAUGCAGUGGAUUUGGUUGGAAUGACGAUGCGAAAUGCAUCGUUGCUGAGAAGGAGUUGUUUGACAACUGGGUCAGGAGUCAUCCCGCAACGAAUGGGCUGCUAAAUAAGCAUUUUUCAUAUUACGACGAGUUGGCGUAUCUAUUCGGGAAAGAUCGUGCAACGGGGGCCCAUGCAGAGACCUUUGCCGAUGUCGGAUCCAACGUUCCUCCUGGGCUUGAGGAAUUUCCUCACGUUGAUCUCAAUGAUUUGAAAAUUCCUUCCAUGUCCAGCCAUAGGUUUAACAUGUCACAAGACGACAUCGCACGACCAGGUCGAGGAACCGAUAGUAGGACGACUUCAAGCGGCUCGAAGCGUAGGCGGGGAGGCAAACUUCGGAAACAACUGAUGUCGUUAAGGAUGCCAUGCUCUUCAAACUGACCAGCUGAGACUCAUUGCAGAGUGGCCGUGGUUGGCACUGGAGGAUGAAAGUAGAGUCCGUAUAGAGGUGGUUCACGCAUUGCGUGCCAUACCUCAGCUCAGUAGGUUGGACAUGAUGCAAUGUAAUCAAAUACUAAUGAACAAUUUAACGGACAUGAAGGGUUUCCUCGAACUGUCAAAUGAGGAGAAACUUGACUACUGCACGAUGCUCAUACGAGGGGCUAGCUGAUUGUUUGUUUUACUUGCACGAAGUAUUGUUAUGUUUUAUGUUUAUGUCUGUACCUGUUAACUGCUUUUGAUUGGUGUUUUCUAAUGAUAUUGCUAGUCAUUUGUUUUUGUUUUCA